AGCUUUGAUGGGAUCAGUUGGUGAGAAUAGACAACACCAGGAGCAGCGAUUUUUUGUGCUUGCUGUGGCCCAUGCUCUUGUUGAAGUCACUAAUCGGUGCUUUGUUUGCUCAAGAAUCAAUGUGAUUGUGUACUUGGCAUUUGUUUAUUCGCCUUUGUGGUCCAGCCAUCCCUUGUGGGUUUAUUUACAGGAGAGCCUGCAAAAUUGGAAUCAAGAUUUCACCUUUUUUUUUUUAUUGAAGUUUUGAAAUUGGUCUACUGAAGAAUUGAGUGAAUUUGAGACAAACUUUUGGAGAAUAACUUACUGAUUUCUUGAUGAACUUCUCUGCUUUGAACGAGUUAGGUUUCAGUUUUUUAAGGCCUUUUCUGAAAAUAUGUAGGUGGGCUUUAAAGAAGAUGUCUUGGAACUGCAAAAACCUUGGCAUGAAGGGAAGCCUCUCUUCCAAUUUCAGGCUGAGGAAGUUACUAAGUGGUGGGUGGAGAUGGAGGAGAAAAUAUUUGAUUUUGUGUCUCAUAUUUGUUGCCAUUGGAUUAAUUGUGUUGCUGAUUAGUUUGAAUAAUGGGCUUAUGAGGAGGAAGGUAGAAGCUCCGGACUUGGAUGAAGAUAGUACUAACCUUUUGCUUGAACAUUUUAAUGUGAGCAAGGAACACAUUCAGGUGCUAAGUGCAAAGAAUGUUGUGUACCAGAAGCAAUAUGAACUGGCAAUCGAGAAAUUAGAAGCAAAUGGCCAGUGUCCUGUUCCAGAUGAAAACACUCUUACGAACCUUGACAUUGUAGUGCAACAGAUACCUUUACCAAUUUCACAUUGUGCAUCGUUGGCAACUUCAUCAGAUCACCAGUUCUGUGAAAAGGAACCGGUUCAAGUGAGGGCACUUGGAGAUCAGUGCAAGGAUGCAGCCUUCUAUUUCACAAAAGUAUGCUGGUGGAUCCUUCUUGGGAUUGCUAUCAGCUGGAAAGUAUGGUGGUUAUGUGGAGAAUCUGGGGGAAAUGACCGGCAGAAACAAGUUCAGCAGCAAGAAUUGCCUCAACAACCUCAGCUACUUCAACACUUGCAGCAGCAACAAGCUCAGGCAUCCUCAAGAAUUGCUCGGAAGUGGUGGGAAAAACUUCUUGUUAUUUUUGUCUCAAUUGGAGUAAUGGGAUCCAUCUGGUUAUUCUCACACCUGAAUGAAGAAUUCACAGUGAGGAGAAAAGAAACAAUAGCAAGCAUGUGUGAUGAAAGAGCCCGAAUGCUACAGGAUCAAUUUAAUGUCAGCUUGAACCACGUUCAUGCAUUGGCUUUUCUAGUCUCAACGUUUCACCAUGGAAAGCAACCUUCAGCUAUAGAUCAGAAAACUUUUGAAGAAUAUGCUGACAGAACAGCUUUUGAGAGGCCACUUACCAGUGGGGUUGCCUAUGCUAUAAAACUUUGCCACUCAGAAAGGGAAAAUUUUGAGAAGCGGCAAGGAUGGACCAUAAAGAAAAUGGAAUCCGAGGAUCAAAGUUUGGCCCAAGAGUAUAUAUCUGGGAACUUGGAUCCUGCUCCAAUUCAAGAUGAAUAUGCACCUGUUAUAUUUUCUCAGCAAACAAUCUCCCAUAUCGUGUCCAUUGAUAUGAUGUCUGGAAAGGAAGACCGUGAAAACAUAUUGAGGGCAAGAGCUUCUGGAAAAGGAGUCUUGACAUCACCUUUUAAGUUAUUGAAGUCCAAUAAUGUCGGGGUUAUACUUACUUUUGCAGUGUAUAACACUGAUCUUCCUCCUGAUGCUACACCAGAGCAUCGUAUUAAUGCUACUCUUGGGUAUUUUGGUGGUGCUUAUGAUUUCCCCUCAUUAGUUGAAAAGCUUCUCCACCAGCUAGCAAGCAAGCACACCAUUGUUGUAAAUGUUUACGAUACAACGAAUGCAUCUGCUCCGAUUAGAAUGUAUGGAAUGGAAGAAGCUGAUUUGGAUGAGACUGAUAGAGAAUUAGUUCAUGUUAGCAAUCUUGAUUUUGGAGAUCCAGCUAGGAGGCACGAGAUGCAUUGCAGGUUUAAGCAGAAACGUCCUCCACCCUGGACAGCAAUAGCAGCAUCCAUUGGAGUCCUCGUAAUCACUUUGCUCCUUGGUCAUAUUUUCCAUGCAGCCAUAAAUCGGAUUGCAAAAUUUGAGCGUGAUUAUCAGAAGAUGAUGGAUCUCAAACAUCGUGCUGAGGCUGCAGAUAUUGCAAAAUCUCAGUUUCUUGCAACAGUUUCUCAUGAAAUCAGGACCCCAAUGAAUGGUGUUUUAGGCAUGCUUCAGAUGCUCAUGGAUACAAAUCUCGAUGCUACACAACUGGAAUACGCACAGACUGCCCAUGCUAGUGGGAAAGAUCUGAUAUCACUAAUCAACGAGGUGUUGGAUCAGGCUAAGAUUGAAUCAGGCAGGCUAGAAUUGGAGGCUGUAGCUUUUGACCUACGAGCUGUACUUGAUAAAGUUUUAUCACUCUGCUCCGGAAGAUCUCAUGAAAAACGGAUUGAGUUGGCCGUUUAUGUCUCUGAUCAGGUCCCAGAAGUCGUUAUUGGAGAUCCAGGAAGGUUCAGGCAAAUAAUUACCAAUCUUGUUGGAAACUCAAUCAAGUUCACAAAGGAAAAGGGGCAUGUGUUUGUUUCAGUGCAUUUAGCAGAUGAAGUGAAGAGCCCAAAUGAUGUGAAGGAUGAAGUCCUGAGACAAAGCUUAACCCUUGUUCAAGACCGGCCAAACACGUGUUUCAAUACAUUGAGUGGGUUCCCCAUAGUUGACAGAUGGCGAAGUUGGCAGAACUUUAAGAAGCUCGGUGAGGAAAAAACUGAAAAUAUCAAGUUGUUAGUGACUGUUGAAGAUGCUGGUGUUGGGAUUCCUCUUGAAGCACAGGGUCGUAUCUUCAUGCCAUUUAUGCAAGCGGAUAGUUCAACGUCUCGUACAUAUGGUGGGACGGGAAUAGGACUAAGCAUUAGUAAACGUUUGGUUGAGCUUAUGGGCGGGGAAAUUGGAUUCUUCAGUGAACCUGGCACUGGCAGUACUUUUUCUUUCACAGCAGCCUUUGCCAGAGCGGAAGAAGGUUUGCUAGAAAGCAAGAGGCAACGGUAUGAUCCAGCUGUUUCAGAACUUCGGGGGUUAAGAGCAUUGGUCAUAGAUGAUAAAAGCAUUAGAGCAGAGGUCACUCGAUACCAUCUUCAAAGAUUGGGAUUAAACGUGAAGAUAAUUUCCAAAAUGGAUUGUUCUUGCUCACAUCUGUCUACUCGUUUAGAAGCAAGUCCAUUGGAGCAUUUAGCUCUGAUUUUCAUCGAUAAAGAUAAUUGGGAUGAUGAGACUUCUAUUACACUCUCCAAGAUUCUGAAAGAGCUGAGAGCCAACAGCUCCAACGUAGUUUCUGGAGUCAUUCCAAAAUUUGUUCUGUUGGCAACAAACAUGAGUGCCACCAAUCGCAACGAGCUUAGAUCGGCUGGGCUUGUAGAUAGCGUAUUAAUAAAGCCUCUUCGCUUGAGUGCAUUAGUUUCAUGCAUUCAGGAAGCCACGGGCUUUAUGAAUAAGCGGCAUAUAACACGUAGGAAACCAUCAUCUCUUGGAAGUCUGCUGAAAGACAAAAGGAUUCUGGUGGUGGACGAUAAUGUUGUGAAUAGAAGAGUAGCAGAAGGGGCCAUAAGGAAGUAUGGUGCAAUUGUGAGCUGUGUAGAUAGUGGGAAGGCGGCAUUGGCACUACUUAAACCACCUCACAAGUUUGAUGCUUGCUUCAUGGACCUCCAAAUGCCAGAAAUGGAUGGGUUUGAGGCUACUCGACAGAUCCGCUGUCUAGAAAGAAAAUAUAAUGAGAAUAUGAAUUCAGGAGAGGUGUUGAUUGAAAUGAACGGAAAAGUGUGUCAUUGGCACACACCAAUAUUAGCAACGACAGCAGAUGUUAUUCAAGCAACAAACGAGAAGUGCUUGCAAUGCGGGAUGGAUGAUUACAUUUCAAAGCCGUUUGAUGAAUGGCAACUUUAUUCAGCAGUGGCACGGUUCUUUGAGUCUGGUUGAUUUGGUCAUUUCGAUUGACAUUUGGCUGUUCUCACUUCUCAGUUUGGAAAGACCCAGACAACAUUUUCAUUGUAGUUUCCAGCACCUUCAUUAAUUAUCAUCCCUUGUUCCUUGUUAAUGUCUGCUUAUUUUCUGUCU